AUGGCAAUGGAGUCUGGUCCUCCCGCGAACGAUCUGUGUUCAGUGUGCCAUGGCAACUUUCACAUUCCCUGUCAAGCCAAUUGUUCUCACUGGUUUUGCGGAAAUUGCAUCAUGCUAGUGUGGCAGCACGGAUCAGGGACUAGCUCUUGCAAGUGCCCUCUCUGUCGCCGACCCAUCACUCUCUUAGUCCCCUCCGAAGACUCUCUCAGGCACCGCCAUGACCCUCAAGUUGCUCAGAUUCUCUCCAAGAUUCAUGCUUAUAACCGUGUCUUUGGUGGCCAACCCACCUCUUUUUUUCAGAGAGUGCAAGAUCUUCCUUUUCUGUUGCACAGGCUGCUGCGGGAGUUCCUCGACCCUCACAGAUCUCUUCCUCUCGUCAUCCGUGCCCGUGUCUUUGUUGCUAUGAUAGUAAGUGUUAUAUACAUCCUCAGCCCAAUUGAUAUCAUACCAGAAGGAAUAUUAGGAAUAGUUGGUCUCUUAGAUGAUGUCUUAAUUGGGCUCGUCUGCUUCCUACAUGUUGCUGCCCUUUAUAGAUCAGUACUUUACCUCCGUCAUGGGGGUUUCUGA